UGCUAUGCUUUGUAACUCCUUUAAUUUUCUCAUUAUCUACCCAUUUUCUACUCAUGUCUCAUGGUGUUCAGAAAUUUAGAAUCACUAUUUUAUUGACAUCAUCGUCAACAUUCCCUUUUGCCGCCAAACACAAGAGAGUCGAUAAAAACAAUCCAACUUCGAUCUCUUCAUUCAUCAUACUCUCUAACAUUUAACCUCCAAACUCAAACCUUUUCAUUCUUCAACCUCAAUUUACUCUCUGAAAAAACGUCGAAUUGAAGAUUUAAAAUGAGAGGUUUUAGGAAGCUUAGGUUAGCUCAUCAAGCUUUCAUGGCCGUAAAUUCAAAUCCGUUAAGCAAUCGAUACAUAAAUUUUCGAUCAUUAUUCACAUCUUCAUCACCAUUUCCGUUCAAAUUUCAUGCUUUCGAUUACUCAUACUCUCCCAAUUUUGCUUCAUCUCUUCAUUAUAUGAGUUUGAAGCCACGGGCGCCAUUUCAAGGGCAAAGGAGGAUGAUGUUUAUUCAAACGCAGCCGACGCCGAAUCCUGCAUCCCUAAUGUUCUAUCCGGGCAAGCCGGUUAUGGAAAUUGGGAGUUCGGAUUUUCCAAAUGCUCGCACUGCUAUGAAUUCUCCUCUAGCAAGAUCAAUUUUUGGAAUUGAUGGAGUUACACGGGUCUUCUUUGGAUCCGAUUUUGUAACAGUAACAAAGUCUGAUGAUGCAUCAUGGGAUAUUCUGAAACCAGAGAUUUUUGCUGCAGUUAUGGAUUUCUAUACAUCUGGUCAGCCGUUGUUUCUGGAUGAAAGCACUGCAGCUUCCAAGGAUACAGCUAUCCAUGAAGAUGAUUCAGAAACUGUUGCUAUGAUAAAAGAGCUACUGGAGACUCGCAUACGACCAGCUGUGCAGGACGAUGGUGGCGAUAUAGUGUAUAAAGGAUUUGAUCUGGAAACUGGAAUUGUUAAACUGCAGAUGCAGGGAGCAUGUAGUGGUUGUCCUAGUUCAUCUGUGACUUUGAAGUCUGGCAUUGAGAACAUGCUAAUGCACUAUGUACCUGAGGUCAAAGGGGUGGAGCAAGAGUUGGAUGCUGAGGAUGAAGAGGCUACUGCACUGGAAUAGAGUUUUGGACAUUUCAUCCAAGUGAAAGCCUAAUUUGAUGGGAAUUAGUGGAUUUGAUGAGUUUCCAUGUGUAAACUUCUAACUAUUAUUUUUGGCCCGACAUUUUAGAAUAAGAUGAGAAUAUUAAAUAUUGUUCAAAAAAGUUACGCCUAGUUGUCUCUUGGUACGCCUAA